GCAAGCGUUCCUCAGCAUCGGGAUUCCGGUGCAAUUGAGAGGGAUAGGAGGACCACGUGCUCCUCACGUUUUUGAACUGGACAGACGUGAUGAUUUAGGCCCCCAAGCUUUAUCCGAAGCUGUGGAUCCUUUCUGGCAAUUGCAGCCUCACCGGCAUGAUGUCUUCAUCAGGACAAAGCACAACAUGGCUGAUGAGCAGUACACGUUUUGUUUGCUUUAUGUGCCUUUCGAAGUAGCCAAGAUUCGUUUGCCUCGUGGGCUACCGGCAGGCAUCGCCCCUCGAAACCCAAUCAGUGAAGACGUCAAGAAGGACAUCAUCAAGCACUUGCCAGUUAUGAGGGCUUUGGGAUUAGAUGCUGGUGCUGACUACUUGCAUGCCUGGGCCAUGGGCGAGCUACCCUUGGAGCAGCUGCUGGAA